CAAACCUAAGUAACAGUAUAUACCUUUGGGCUCAAAUCCAGCCAUAAAAACAGAGCAGUAGUUCAUAUUCAUAUCAUCGUCGUCUUCAUCGCAGAUAAUCGGGGCCAUGGAAUCUGCUUUCAGUUUCAGACUGUCUACUCCCUCUCUGUUUCUUCCAAACCAUCACGCUCUUAACUUCAGAUUAUCGAGAUUACAACGUUUGAGCUUUGUUGACCAACAACGUAAUCGGAAAAACGUGAUUAGGAGUUCUUAUGGGUCCGACGAAAACGGGUCGCUUGAUGGAUUUCAGUUCACACCAAGCAAGAUAUUUAUGGAAGAGGCAAUUGGAGCUGAAUAUGGAGAAGGUUUUGAGACAUUCAGACCAGAUGGACCCUUGAAAAUUGAUGUUGACUUUUUGAAUGACAGAUUACAAGAGGGUUUUCUAAAACGAAUUCGAUAUGCUAUGAAGCCAGAUGAAGCUUAUGGACUUAUUUUCUCAUGGGACAGUGUGGUGGCAGGUACUCAAGCUUUGAAGUUGAGUGCGUGGAGACAGCUUGCACAUGAAGAAGGAAAGGAGAUCCCUGAUGAUGAUGAUGUACAAAGGCUUUUGCUUUAUGGUGCUGCUGAUCAUGUUCUGCAUAAGGUGUUGCUCUGGGAGAAUGAAGCUUGCGAAUUGGAAAGAUUAAAGUCAAAGCUUUCACAGUUGUAUAGCAACAAUCUUCUCGAGCUUUCAGAACCCAAAGAAGGCCUGAAAGAAUGGUUGGAUGCAGUAUCCACCGCCCGAAUUCCUUGUGCUGUUGUUUCUAGUCUUGAUAGGAGAAAUAUGGUUGAAAUAUUGGAGAAGUUGGGGCUUAUGAAAUAUUUCCAGGCAACAGUAACGGAGGAGGAUGGCAUGGAUUCUAUGGCUCAUAGAUUACUUUCUGCAGCUGUAAAGUUGGAUCGAAAACCCUCGAAAUGUGUGGUGUUUGAAGACGAUCCUCGUGGUAUAACUGCUGCUCACAACUGCACGAUGAUGGCGGUGGGACUCAUUGGUGCACAUCCAGCGUAUGAUCUGGUGCAAGCCGACCUUGCUGUUGGUAGUUUUAACGAGUUGUCGGUGAUCAAUCUGCGUAGACUUUUUGCACACAAGGGUUCGACGUUUAUGGAACUACAAAAGCAAGUUGUAGAGAAGACACCUCCAAGAAGGAGACUCACAAUUGACACCAUCUUUUGAAAAAUUCUUCAUGUAAAUUUUUUUAAGGUUGAAUGUUAGCAUUUAUAUCAAUCAAUCAAUUCUUGUAUAU